CGAUUUCAUGCUUCAAUCAAUCUAAAAUCUAAACGAAAAACGAAAAUCUUAAAAGUAUGGCUUCGAUAUUAAGGUCUUCAAAAUUUGCCAGAUAUGUUGUAGGGUUCGCUAGAAAUGUUGUUGUGAACACACCAAGAGAAUUUGAUGGAAAUUUCGUUAAUGCUUCCCAAUGUUUGUGUGGAGCCGUAACUACACCAUUUUCAUCUCAAGCAACAUUGCAUCAUGAACAGAAUUUGGAAAAAAGCUUAAAAAGAAUAGAUCAAGAUGUUAGAAAAUCAGGUAGAAUAUCUAAACGAGACAUUGAGGAUGUCUUGGAAGAAAUCAGAUCAAAUCGUUCAGCAACAACUUCACAGUCCCUGCUUGUUAUCAGAUGUUGCGGUAACUUAGUGCCCGAAGAAUUACCAGAAGUCCGAACAAAACUAGUCAAAGAAAUAUGGAAUACUUUACACAAACUAAAUGUACCAAUGGAUGUAUCUCAUUACAAUGCUCUGUUACGAGUGUAUAUAGAGAAUGAAUAUGAGUUUUCUCCUGUAGAUUUUCUGUCUGAAAUGAAAGAAAAGAAUAUCGAACCUAACCGAGUGACGUACCAGCGUUUGAUCAUGCAAUAUUGCUUAAAAGGUGAUAUAGAAGGAGCAACAAAUAUAUUAGAACAUAUGAAGCAACAACAAUUACCAGUGAAUGAAAAUGUAUUCAAUGCACUUAUUGUUGGACACUCAAACCUAAAUGAUAUGGAAUCGGCACAGGAUGUGUUGAAUUUGAUGGUGCAGGCUGGACUGGAGCCGAGUGCGGACACUUACACAUCGUUACUCUGCGGAUAUGCCAAGCAGGGUGAUAUAGAAACAAUGAAAAAGAUCCUUGAAGAAUGUGAAGCUAAAGAUAUAUUUUUACUCGAUAAAGAUUUCUUAGAAAUUGCAUCUGCUCUUGCCAUAAACGGUCACGACGAACAUUUGCCAGUAAUUUUAGGAAAAAUGCGCAAGGCUGUGGGUUAUAAUCAGGAUGCAGUUAAUACAGUUUUGAAUUUGGUGAAUAAAGCGAGAGAGAAACCUGCCUAUGAAAUUCUCAAAACGAUGAACAGGAAUUAUAACAAAGAUGGCUCACCUGUGAACAGUGGUGUCUUUUUCAUAAAACAACUGAUAAAAAUGAGAAGACCCGUUAAAAGCAUCAUAGAAUUGUGUGACAAAAUGGAUCUUGACGGAUUAAUGAGCAAACCCCUCCUUUUUGCCCUUGAAACGGCAAUAGAAAAGGGUAACGAACAAAUCGCGUAUCCGCUUAUGGAAGAAUUGAGAAAACGUGGACAAGAGAUAAGGCCGCACUUUUUUUGGCCUCUGAUUCGAAUCAGAUCCAAAGAUGACGGAAAUGAGGGGGUUCUUCAGGUGUUGAGUAAAAUGAAGAGUAUGGGGGUGCCACUCAGUAACGAAACUAUAAAAGACUUUGUCAUUCCCAGUUUAAAAGGUAGCUUUAGUGAUAUAAUAAAAAUUUUAACCCAGUCUGAUAUAUCGGUUGGAAGCAGCGCUUUGAACAUAGCAAUUUCGCUUCUGAGACAAGACAGAAUACAGGAGGUUUCCUGGCUAAUGACUCGAGUCCCAGCUUAUUACAAUCCCGAAGCGAUGGCUCGUUGCCUGUCUCAGGCUUUCUACAAAACGAAGGAUCUAGACUCCUACAUGACGAUCAUAAGGGAAAUUUACGAGAAUUUAGAUAGACGUGUCAACUUUGUGAGGGGAGAACACGAGAAGUUUCUGAGUAAAGCCGAAGUCGUCGGUAAUUUGGUAGCGGAUUUGAUGUUCAGCAAGACCAACUUUCCCCUGGUGAUCGAAGACGUGCUGACCAGGCUGAAAGAGCAAGGUUUGAGUAUAUCGACCAGCGCUGCCGAAAAAAUUCAAGAAUCGUUAGGGGACAAGGUGAACGAUCAAAUUUCAGCCCUAUUGGGAACGUUGACGUCUGGGGAACUGACACCCACUUCUCUCUCUCGUAAACCCCCGGUAUACAUCCCUUCGCAUCAGAUGAACAUGGCUCAGUUGGAAAAACUGAUCGAAAAUUGUUCGACCAAAAAUAUGGAUGUGAGAGGGCUGAAACGACAACUAUUCUCCCUUUACUAUCGAGCUAGGGAGUUGGAAAAGACUGAAACUCUCAUGGAAGAUCUGAAAAAAACCCCGGACUUCUUCUACUCCCCUGGCAUCUACGCCCAACUGAUGGAUCUUUACGCCUAUCAUGACAAGUUCGAAAAGGCCACCGAGUACUUGGAGAAACUGAAAGAAAUGGAGAAAGACGUCUGCCUGAGCGACACCAAAAUUCUGCGUUACGCUUUCCUCCUGUACAAAAAUGACAGGUUCGAAGAGGCCCUGAAAUUCAUGGAGGAAACGAACAGGGACCGAACCUCGGGCGAGGAAGAGAAAAAUUUCGUUUACAUAUCGUUAGCCUGGCGAUUCAUGAAUUCUGUGGCGGAGAAGGGUCGCGUGGAAGAUUUAGAAAAACUGUUCAAUCUGUUGGUGUCGAAGGAGUACGUUGCUGUGAAUAACGUUUUACUCGGACCCUUGAUAAAGGUGCACCUUGUUAACAAUGAUCUAGAUAAGGCGCUGGCGAAAUUCGAGGAGAUGGUCAAUCUGUACAAGGCGACUCCGUGGAAGAACGAACUGGCUUGUAGAUUGAUCCAAGCUGAAGAUGCUGAAAAGCUCCAAAAAUUGACGGAUUUGAGCACAAUGGUCCACGGUGAAAUCAACAGUUUGUACGAUUUGGUGUUCUCGUUCAUAGAGUGCGGAAGGAUCAGACAGGCCAGGAGGAUAUUGGAAACUCCAGGACUUCAAAACAGACCGCAUAGGUUGAACACAGCGUGCGAACGUUACAGGCAAGAAGGCAUGGUUAAACCGUUGGAACACCUGAAGGAUGCCACGAAAGAUCUGAAUCACAUCGAUAGAUCCGAAAUUUACUACCAGUUAUUGCUGAGUUACAUCAAAGAAGACGACACUGAUAAAGCUAUGGGUUUAUGGACGCAGAUGCAAGAAGAGAACUUACCACCUUCCGAUCAGUUCCUAAUCACCCUAUCCAAGCAUCUACAAGAAAAAGGUAUGGAAGUGCCGUUCAUCGUUCCGGAAGAAAAAAAAGUGAUGAUAGUAAAACCCGAAGAACCCCCCAAAAAAACCCCCAUACACAUUUUCAGGAGCUUCUUGAAAUCCGACAAGUACCUGGAGGCUUUCGAGUACAGGAGAAACGUGAAUAACCAGUGGAACAACAUGGAAUCGGCGGAACUCUUGGAGAAGCUGGUCCAGAAUAACGAACUGGAUAAAGCUUUCACCCUCACCAUGGAACUGAUCAAUAAGAACAAUCCACCGAUAAGCAGGGUUUUCAAGUUUGCCAUGAACAGGCUGGCGUUGGCGGGUAAAGUUGAUGAAAUUCGGGCUAUCGGAGCUAAGAUCGAUAUGGAUAUGAAGAAGGUUUUGUCUUACGAUAAUAGGUUAUGUCAUGCGACUGUCGUUGCUGGCAAGGCGAUCGAAUAUCUGGAGCAUCUCGAUAGGGAAAUAGACUCUGCAAAUACGGAUGAGGAAUUGAAGUAUGUGAGUGAGAAAUUUCCACGAGGAGGGGCAUAUGGCAUUUUAGAACAUCAUCCUGAGCUAUUGGAACAAUAUGAAAGCGUAACGAAAAAAUAUGCUGCUAAAGGAAUUUUGGCUCCUGUUAACAUCCUGUGGACUCAUUACUUCACCAAAGGCAACUACGAGAAAGCUAAAGAGUUGUGGGAUAAUUACCUGACAGGCGCAUCAAGAAUAAUGUUCCAAAGGGUCGUUCAAGUCGCGAGAAACACACACAAUGAGGAGGUAGUCAGGAAUUUGAUUGUUCAUCUGAAGACUAGUAACAUCACAGAGGGGGCGUUGGGCAAUGUGUACAGUUGUUUAUUAGACAUUAAAUAUGCAAAAGGCCCAGCCAAUGAAGUAGUAGAAACCUUUGAGGAAGCACUCAAAGACGUCAGUGUGGAUAGCAUGAACAGAACGGCGAUUCUUAGGGUUAAAAGUUGCUACGAUGAAAUAGGGAAACCUUUCAACCAUAAAGUCCCCCCAAAGAAUAAGAACCAAAACACGAGCAGUAGUAGUUCUAGUAGUGAAGUCGAAACUAAAUAGGUUUAAGAUUCGUUAUAAUGUAAUUAAUUGUUUUAUAAUAAAACUUCCCAACACAA